ACGUAAACUUGGCAGAGUCUAACAAAUCAGGCUCCAAAAACGGGGCGCCCCGAUUCAUGUCGGAGCCUCGGAACUCUGUCUGGCAGGCUGGCUCAGGACCUCGGCCCGACGAGCCCCCACCAAGCGCAUCCCCAGCGGGCGCGGGCGCCGGGUCAUGCCGCGCCUCGCCCGCGUGGCCUCGCUGACCGGGCACGAGGAGCGCGUCUGGUGCGUCGCGUGGCGGCCAGGGGCGGACCCGCCGCAGCUGGCGUCGUGCGGCUCCGACCGCACGGUGAGGCUGUGGGGCGCGAAGGCCGCGGCCUGCGACGCCUGGGCGCUGCUGUCCGAGCUGGAGUCGGCCGAGCAGCACGGCCGCACGCUGCGGUCGCUGGCCUGGGGCCACCGCGGCGAGGUCCUGGCGGUGACGUCCUUCGACUCCACCUGCUCGCUGUGGAAAGCGACCGGCGGAGGCUCCAGCACGAGCUUCGAGUUCGCGGGGCGAGUCGAGGGCCACGAGAAUGAGGUGAAGUGUGCGGCGUUCAGCGCGUCGGGGGAGUACUUUGCGACUUGCAGCCGCGACAAGUCCGUAUUCAUAUACGAGGUAUCCAAGGACUUCGAGUACGACUGCGUGGCGCUACUGCAGUCCCACACCCAAGACGUGAAGAUGGUGAGGUGGCACCCGGAGCAGGACGUGCUCUUCACCUGCUCCUACGACGACACCGUCAAGAUCUGGGGGCCGGACGGACGGGGACGACUGGUCGUGCAUGGAGACGCUGAGCGGCCACAAGAGCACGGCUCG